UGCGGCAUCUGCGCCUGCGCGCGGUUGCGCUCUCUGUUAAGCCCGCCUCUUCCGGCGGCUCUUGUGGGCGUGACGGCGCCGGCAAGAUGGCCGUCCCUGGGCCGCUGUUGCUUCCGGAGAAACCCAGCCACAAAAAGUAUAGGGCCGCCCUGAAGAAGGAGAAGCGAAAGAAACGUCGGCAGGAACUCGCUCGAUUGAGAGACUCAGGACUCUCACAGAAGGAGGAGGAGGAGGAGGAGGAGGAGGAAUCUUUUACUGAACAACAACUAGAAGAAGAGAAGCAGUUGGAGAUAGAGAGGCAAAAAUUACAUGAGGAGUGGUUGCUGCGGGAGCAGAAGGCACAAGAAGAAUUCAGAAUAAAGAAAGAAAAGGCAGAGGCAGCUAGAAAACGGCAGGAAGAACAAGAGAGAAAGUUAAAGGAAGAAUGGGAAGAACAGCAGAAAAAAGAGAAAGAAGAGCAGAAGCAGAAGCUACAGGAGAGGAGAGAAAGAGAGGAAGCUGUGCAGAAGAUGCUGGUGCGGGCUGAAAAUCAGGUGGAAAAGGGUGCCACAUGGCAAAACCCAGAACCACCCACGGACUUAAGAGUAUUGGAGAAAGAUCGAGCUAAUUGUCCAUUCUACAGUAAAACAGGAGCUUGCAGAUUUGGAGAUAGGUGUUCACGUAAACACAAUUUCCCGACAUCAAGCCCCACCCUUCUUAUCAGAAGCAUGUUUACAACGUUUGGAAUGGAGCAGUGCAGAAGGGACGACUAUGACCCUGACGCCAGCCUGGAGUACAGCGAGGAGGAGACCUACCAGCAGUUCCUGGACUUCUACGAGGACGUGCUCCCGGAGUUCAGGAACGUGGGGAAGGUGGUCCAGUUCAAGGUCAGCUGCAACAUGGAACCUCAUCUGCGGGGCAAUGUUUAUGUUCAAUAUCAAUCGGAAGAAGAAUGCCAGGCGGCGCGCUCUCUGUUCAACGGCCGGUGGUACGCAGGACGCCAGCUCCAGUGUGAAUUCUGCCCAGUGACCCGCUGGAAAAUGGCCAUCUGUGGUUUGUUUGAAAUACAACAGUGCCCGAGAGGGAAACACUGCAACUUCCUUCAUGUGUUCAGAAACCCCAACAAUGAGUUCUGGGAGGCUAACCGCGACAUCUACCUGUCUCCAGAGCGGACUGGCUCCUCCUUCGGCAAGAACUCGGAGAGGAGAGAGAGGCUGGGCCACCACGAGGAGUACCACGGCAGGCCCAGGCGGAGGAGAAGCCCUAGCCCGCCCCGUUCCUACAAAAGAAAUGGAGAAGCAGAGAGGAAAAGGAGAGGCAGCCACAGGGGCAGGAAAUCUCACCAGCGCACGUCGAGAAGUCGGGAGAGGCACAGCUCCCGCAGCAGAGGAAGGAAAAGGGACCGCAGCCGGGGCCGGGGCUGCCGGGGCAGCCGCAGCUCCUCCCGGUCCAGGAGUCGCGGCGGGAAGAGGUCACCUAGCAGGGACAGAACUGUUCUGACUUCCAAGUCCAAAUAAACCGACUUUGGUUUUACACGGUUCUACAUCUUACUUAUUGUGGCCAGUACACACCUGGAUAGCGUGCUCGGAGCCCACGUGGGUUCGCAAGUCUGGCAGAACGCUGUGUAACCUGGAACCCUGUUGAAAAAUGCUCUGAUUCUGCUACAACUGCUGUGUUUAGGGAAUCUAAAAUGUAUAAAUAACUUGAAACUUACUUACAAUCCUUAAGAUAACUAGUCAACACUGGAGCAUUACCGUAGUCUCUGUUUUCUCCUGUUUUGGGUGUGCACUUUUUUCACAUGAAGUUCAUAUAUGGCUGCAGUUGAAUAUGCUUUCUUUCAGUUCAGACACUGUCGUAGUUCAUCAAGCCCUAUUCUUAAUGUUAUUUUUACUCACUGCAUAGUGUGGAUCUAUCAGUUUCUUCAACCAUGUCCCUACUGUUGGAUUUUUAAGUUAUUUUAAGUUUUGCACUAUUAAAGAAUCCUGUGCUAUAAACAAUCCUGUGGUAGAUUUCCUUAAAUACUUUCAUACAUUUCGGGUCAUUUCUUUAGCAUAAAAUAUAUCAGGAUAUAUAAAUACUGAAGUAUUUCCAAAUUGCCCUCCGCAAAAACUACAAAAAAAGUUAUCACACAUUUUAGUUUUCCCACACAUCAAGUUACUUUGAUCUUUGCCAGUUUGGUCAAUUUUAUGCAUUUAACUGCUCAUUUCUGUACACACUGGCUGAGUCAAACACUUUUUUCCAUAUUUAAUAGCCAAUAAAUUUGGUCGUUUUGCCCUUUA